AUGGCGUUUGUGAAUCUCGUGCUAGACCACUCGGCUCCUUUGCUCUGCUGCAUCGCCACCACCGUCUUCCUCACCUACAUUGUGUACCAAAGAUGCUUCCACCCUCUAGCAAAAUACCCUGGACCAUUCCUGGCAUCUCUUACCGACUUGUGGCAGGUCUAUCAAUUCCUCACUUUGAAGCAGCCAUAUCGUCUGACCGAGCUCCAUGAAAAAUAUGGCCCGUUCGUUCGAUACGGGCCCGAUAAGCUCAGCACAACCUGCGAAAGCGCGAUAUCUCUGGUCUUUCAGAAGGGCGGUCGGCAUAUGCCCAAAACCGAGUUUUACGAUGCCUAUGGCGCUGCGCACCCAAAUGUCUUUGGCAUGCGAGACGAGGCACAACACUCGUUACGACGUCGGCACAUGUCUCAUUCGUUUUCAAUUGCCUCCGUGAAGGAGAUGGAGGAGUAUUUGGACCUCAACAUUGGCAUUCUGAAACAAAAGCUUGACAACUAUGCCCUGUCUGGCGAGGAAUUCGACCUAAAGAAGGCAUUUCAUUAUUAUGUCAUCGACACGCUGGGAGAGCUCGCCUUCAGCCAAAGUUUCGGGGUGCAGGUCAGCGACGAUGAGUCCCUCGUCCCGCCCGUAAAGGAGCAUAGUCUUCUGGCUGCAGCGACCGGAUCGUGGCCAGCCAUGCUUAGCAAAUUGAAGCAGUGGCUGCCUCUCGUUCCAUAUCAGCCCCUGCAGAAUCUGUUCCGGGGCAGAAAGGCGUGUGCGGACUUGGCAGCCAGAUGUGUCGCUCGAAGGUUGGAUGACCUGGCCGACGUCAAGGACGAUGACACCAGCAUUCGAGCCCAGAGAAAGGAUAUUCUUACUAGUCUCAUCCUCGCAAAACAUCCCGAUACGGGAGCACGGCUGACCAAGACCGAUCUAGAAACCGAGGCCUUUGGGUUUAUUAUUGCAGGGACUCAUACAACUUCGGCAACAACAACUCUACUCUUCUAUCAGCUUCUCCACCACCCCGAGAUGCUUGCAAAACUGGUGUCGGAACUCGACCGCAACCUUCCUCCAUUAAAUUCCCACGAGACCUCCCAUUCCAUUACGCUUCUUGAGGCCUCCCUUCCAUAUCUUCGCAACUGCAUCAAGGAAAAUUUUCGCAUCAAUCCUGUCUUCACUAUGCCUCUCGCUCGACGUGUUAUGCCCGAUGAAGGCAUUAUCAUUGACGGCGAACACAUUCAAGCAGGAACCUCAAUUGCGGUUUGCAACCAUGCUUUUCACCAUAAUCCGGCCGUCUGGGGACCAGAUCACAAUACCUUCCGCCCCUCGCGCUGGGAUGAACCAGACACCAACGCCCGCUCCCGCUUUCUGAUGCAUUUUGGCCUCGGGGGUCGUCAGUGCAUUGGGAAAACCAUCGCCACGACUAAUAUAUAUAAAUUGACGAGCUCGUUGCUCAGUGAUUAUGAGUUUGAGCUCGUCGGCAAAAACCAGCCCGCGCCAAGCCCUGCGGGCGUGCCAGAAGACGUCGAGCACUGGGCGAAAACUAGAGCCUCUCAGUGUAAAUUUGCGGAGCUGGGAGCCGUAGAGCAUGGGAAGAGCGAUGUACCGCCCCUUGUCAGUGUUGGCAUCAGUGACCUGGAGGGGUCGCUGCUUGUGAGGUGCAAAAAAAGGAAGAAAGCGUCCGAGAAGAUCUAG